AUGCUGCGGCAGGCUAUUGCUCGGUCGACAUGGCGGAACGGCAGACAGGCCGUCAAGGCAACCCGGGCCUUUUCGGCAUCUGUCCCUCGGCCUGCUGAGGUCGAGCUUACCGUCGAUGGCAAGAAGGUGUCCAUAGAAGCCGGCUCGGCACUGAUCCAGGCCUGCGAAAAGGCCGGGGCAACAGUCCCAAGAUACUGUUACCAUGAGAAGCUGAUGAUUGCGGGAAACUGCCGCAUGUGUCUGGUGGAGGUUGAGCGUGCGCCAAAACCGGUUGCGUCGUGCGCAUGGCCUGUGCAGCCGGGCAUGGUGGUCAAGACCAACUCGCCACUGGUGCACAAGGCUCGUGAGGGCGUGAUGGAGUUCCUCUUGUCCAAUCACCCGCUCGACUGCCCGAUCUGCGACCAGGGUGGCGAGUGCGACCUGCAGGACCAGUCGAUGCGGUACGGGGCCGACCGGGGCCGGUUCCACGAAGUGGGCGGCAAGCGUGCGGUCGAGGACAAGAACGUGGGUCCGCUGAUCAAGACGUCGAUGAACCGGUGCAUCCACUGCACGCGAUGUGUCCGCUUUGCCAACGACAUUGCCGGAAUGCCGGAGCUAGGUUCGGCGGGCCGCGGCAACGACAUCCAGAUCGGCACAUACCUGGAGAAGAACCUAGACUCGGAGCUGUCGGCUAACGUGAUCGACCUCUGCCCGGUGGGCGCACUGACGUCGAAGCCGUACGCGUUCAAGGCACGACCGUGGGAGCUGCAGCACACUGAGUCGAUCGAUGUGCUAGACGGUCUCGGUUCCAACAUCCGGAUUGACUCGCGCGGGCUGGAGGUGAUGCGGGUGCUGCCGCGGCUCAACGACGACGUGAACGAGGAGUGGAUCAACGACAAGACACGAUUUGCCUGUGACGGGCUCAAGACACAGCGACUGACGAUUCCGCUGGUGCGGCGGGACGGCCGGUUCGAGCCGGCUUCGUGGGAGCAGGCGCUGACGGAAGUGGCUACAGGCUUCAACAAGGCAGCGCCAACGGGCAACGAGUUCAAGGUGGUGGCGGGCGAGCUUGUGGAGGUGGAGUCGCUGGUGGCGAUCAAGGACCUGGCCAACCGGCUGGGGUCGGACAACCUGACGCUGGACACGCCGACGGGUCAUCUGCCGGUGGCACACGGCGUGGACGUGCGGUCCAACUACGUUUUCAACUCGAAGAUUGGGGGCAUCGAGGAGGCGGACGCGAUCCUGCUGGUGGGCAGCAACCCGCGGCACGAGGCGGCGGUGCUGAACGCGCGGAUUCGGAAGCAGUGGCUGCGGUCAGACCUGGAGAUCGGCGUGGUGGGUGAGACGUUUGAGUCGACGUUUGAGUUUGAGCACCUGGGCAGCGACUUUGCGGCGCUGAAGAAGGCGCUGGCAGGACCGUUUGGCAAGAAGCUGCAGGCAGCGAAGCGGCCGAUGAUCAUUGUGGGCUCGGGCGUGACGGACCAUGCAGACGCGAAAGCGUUCUACGAGCUGGUCGGCAGCUUUGUGGAGAAGCAUGCGGCCAACUUCCAGACGGCAGAGUGGAACGGCUUCAACAUUUUGCAGCGGGCAGCCUCGCGAGCGGGCGCAUACGAGGUCGGCUUUGUGGCGCCGUCGCCGGCGGUGGUGGAGACGAAGGCCAAAUUUGUGUGGCUGCUGGGUGCGGACGAGAUCGCGGAGGCGGACAUCCCCAAGGACGCCUUUGUGGUGUACCAGGGGCACCACGGCGACCGCGGUGCCCAGCUGGCGGACGUGGUGCUGCCGGGAGCGGCCUAUACGGAGAAGUCGGGCACGUACGUCAACACGGAGGGUCGGGUGCAGCUGACGCGGCCGGCGACGGGUCUGCCGGGUGCAGCGCGGACGGACUGGAAGAUCAUCCGGGCGGCGAGCGAGUUUUUGAACGCGCCGCUGGCGUACGACGACUUGGCGGUGUUGCGGGAGCGGAUGGCCGAGAUCAGCCCGGCACUGGCAGCGUACGACGUGGUCGAGCCGGUGGCGUUGAAACAUCUCAGCAAGGUGCAGCUGGUGGACCAGAACAAGGGCACCAAGGCGACGGGAACGCCGUUGAAGAAGGUGGUGGACAACUUUUACUUUACCGAUGCGAUUUCAAGGAGCUCACCAACGAUGGCGCGCUGCUCUGCUGCCAAGGCGACGGGCAACCCAAAGACCAGCUUCAUGGCCCCCGGCAUGGGCGAGGACAAGCCGCUCGGCCAGGUCGCUUACGGGGUUUGA